AUGAAACCAAAUUUGAGGUGUAGUCCUCCACCACACCUUAGAACAAGACUCGACAUCCUCCGAGCUACCAAUCCCCCCAAAUCUCCAAGUCCAAAUUCCGAACGGUUAGAGACAGCGAAGGCUAUGUCAGAAAAAAUUCCACCAGUUCUAAACGUACUUGCCAGUGACGGCGUGUUGGAUGCAGCGAGUGACUCGGCGGAGACCUUGACCAAUGAGCAGAAGUUCGACCUCGGAUCAGACUGGGGCGAGGACCCCCUUCACUCCGAUAUCUACCGUUGGUACCAGGGCCUUUGCACAUGUAACCACUUUUCCAACGGCAAGGAUCCCACCAAGAUAUCAAAACUCCAGGUCUGGAGUCGUAACCGAUAUUCCCAAAGGCUCACCCAUCGGUUCGUUUUACUGCACAUGGCGGACGAUACUGUACACCGACUGGAUAGGCGCGCCACCACACAAGGGAAUCCCGGCUUGCUCUCCGGUCUAUCCAUGAGAACACCAGGGGUAACCUCUACAGACGAGAUGGUCAUCAACAUCGAUGAUGAUCUCCAAAAGAAUAUGGCCAGGAAUAAUCACCUCGAGGUCGAGAUCCAGCUAGAGGGUAAAGUUGACUUGCUCAUCGUGCUGUUAACGUGUUAUCAGAUAUCCCAUCAUUCCCGGGCGAGGAGAUACGACCUGAGGGAUUACAACUGCUUCUUUUAUUCGUGGACAAUCUUGAUGAUCGCUGCACGACGUCUCUUGGAUAUCGUGACCCCUUCGAAAGACGAGCUCAUGGAGCGCUUCCGUCGCAAAGAGCACCUACACAUCCUUGCAGAAUCCGUCGUGGGGUUGGCGGUACGGACGCUACGGGACUUGGUCCUCGCAGCUGUCGGUGUCUUCAGAGAGCAGCAACAAGGCGACACCGAUGAGGGGAAGCACAUCAGAGAAGGGAUGAGUAUCAUUGCUCGAAUGGUUUGGGGACUACCGAGUGGGGUCCUCGAGACGUUCGGCAAGUUGGUACUUAACUCCAAACUCCCAUCGAAUCUACGGGAUACGUUACUCAAACAGAUAAAGGAGGUGGUCACCGAAAAGGCGCCUGACGUGUACAAGCAGGUCCUUGACCAUAUCGACAUCCCUCGGGCUGCACGUGACCGUUUGUGGGUAAAUGAGGGCGUCAAGGAAAUCGUUCGGCGUGAAGUCGAGAAAUCACUGAUUGAGCAGCUGUGGCCGGCUGUUGUUGACGCUAUUGCUGUUGGAUUUGGGCAGGAUGUCCACUCGGCAAAAGAUAUAGCACAGAAUGUCGUUGCCACGAAGUCCUGGUGGCAGCAAGUUGCUGGGACCAGAACUGCUCAGCUUUGGGCUGUUCAGACCGCCGCUUUACAUGGUGGUUUGAAGGAGGUAAAGAUUACAGCACUAGCGGAGGUGGACAGAAUCAAGGCGGAAGCUCAGUCGAAUGCCCCAGAUGAUCCUUCCGAACAGUUGAAGCUACUGAAUGCAGGGAUGUUUGAUUUGGCUUGGAAUAGUGCUCGAGACGGGGCCCUACGCUUUGCGAAGGAUGCUGUUCAGGCGACUAAAUCUACGCUGCAUCCAGGACACCUUGAGUCCAGGGAAAUCAUGUGGGAGACGAUCUGGGGAGUGUGGGACAAGUGUUGGGAGAAGGCUUGCAAAGAUGCAAGGACUAAGGCCCUAAACACACUUGAUACCGUCGUGCAGGCUGUCCUCAAUGCCAGUGUCAAGGUUGUACUUGUUGAGCUCGGCGUCGGAGAAAGCCAGCCCACUGUCCGUGUUCGUAGGCCUAAGAGAGUGUUCGAUAUCGAGUUGAGCCCGUCGAUUUGGGAUGAGGAGCCCUCCAUGACAGGUCUAGCGCUGCAGCAGUACAUGCAAGUGUUGAUGAAGAAGGCGAAACUAGGCAGUCCUGAUAUUUUACAGCACACCAUGGCCGAGAUAUGGAAAGAUAUCGCAGCCGCCGAUUUUGAUUUCGGCAAGAUUAAGAUUGUGCAGUGA